AUGGCAAAGUCACCUUAUAGCAUUGAGGAUGUGUAUAAAGAAUUUGGUACGAUCGAUAGCUAUUUUUAUGAGGAUAUAAAUGAUGGAACAACAUCUCUAAUAUCUAAGGACGUAAUCAACAAUUAUUGUCAUUACGAGAAUAAAUCAGGAAAAAAUAAAUGUAAUGAUUAUUUUGAAAUGACUAGUUCUAGUGUUAUUCAUUUGCUAGAAAAGUUAAAGGAUAAGAAGGGUUUAGAUUAUGAUAAACUUGCCGAAUACGCUAUUUUAUGGUUAAGUUUUAAACUAAAUAAAAAGCCACAACAUAAAUUCGCCAAAUUAAACGAAUUUUAUACUAAAUAUAUAGAAACAAAUAAUGAUUAUAAUAAGAAAAUAAAUGAUGAUGAUGAUGAUAGUACGACUUAUAAGGAUAUUAUAGAUACAAAAAAGGAUUUGAUAGAUAUGGAUAUUGAAGAAAUAUCUAAAUUUGAUGGUCCAUUUAGUAUAUUAUAUUAUUUUUAUUAUGCAAUUAGUGAUGUAGUUGUGGAAUGUGAAGAAAAUUUGAAUAUUGCUAAUAGUUUUGUUAAUCAAUUUAAAGUACUCAAUAACGAUUCUAAUAAUAUAGAAAACAGUUCAUAUAAUAAAAUAUUGUCUACAUUAUCAGAUGAUUAUAACAAUUUAAUAAAUAAUUAUGAUAAUAUUAAAUCUUGCAAUUUUCUACCUCCUCCAGAAUUAACCCCCCAAAAAAGUCCUGUAGGAAAUUCUGGACAACAUACUACACUAAGUCCUGAAGCUACACCAUCAAAUUCAUCGAUAUUAAACACAGUAAUUCCAGGAUUAUCGACAUUUUUUGUAAUACCAGUUUUCUUUGGAAUUGCUUAUAAGACAAUAUAUAAGAGAAAAACUAAAAAAAAUAAAGAAGAAAAUGAAACUUAA